AUGGCGGAAUCUCCAUUUAGUCCUUUGCGGCGUAUCGGCGAAGGCAUCUACUUCUUCCGGCCCCAACAGCAUACACGAGAGAUAGACGCAGACCCUACUGCAAAUCCUACGCUCAUCACACUUUGUACAUGGCUUGGGGGUGCAACGAACCAGCGAAUCUUGAAAUAUAUCUCAAGAUACCGAGUCUUGUUCCCAUACUCGGCAAUACUUCUCAUCACUGCACGUAUGCUGGAGAUUAGCGUUCUGCCAUUCCGUGCUCUUCGCACACGCUUGGCAGCUGCCCGAAAGAUCAUUCGAAGUACCGUCAACCAAUCGGGGAAUGGAGACACGAGGAAUUGUCUAUUGCACCUGUUCUCCCAUGGUGGUUGCAACACUGCCAUUCAGCUGGCCCUCUCUUUGCAGAUGGAUCCAAGUCAUCCACCACUAGAGCUUGGCAGAUAUCUAGGUGGAAUCAUCUUUGAUUGCUGCCCAGGCGAUGACUCCUUCUGGCGGGUAUACGAGGCUGCUGCUCAUUCGUUGCCUCGUUCGCGUCUGGCGCAAAUGGUGGGAAGGAAGCUACUCUUUCCUGCGGUCGGUGUCAUCAAUGGAUUACAGCAGACAGGAUGGAUGAGUUCUGUUCGAGACUUGCGCGCGCAAUUGAAUGAUUCCGCAAUCUUCGGAAAGAAUGUACCAAGGCUGUAUAUGUACUCGAUUACCGACCCAACGGUUGAAAGUGGACAAAUCGAGUCUCAUAUCGAAGAGGCAAAGUCUAAAUGGAGCUAUACAGUUUAUACCAUGCCUUUCCCGGACAGUCCGCACUGUGCCUUGGCGAGAGAUCAUCCCCACCUUUAUUGGGCUGAGAUCGAAAAGUUUUGGAAAAUGAGGAAGAUUGAUAAACCCUCUGUUUCUAUAGACCUUGCCGCACCUGACAAGAUCCGGAGUCGACUGUGA